AUGACAACGGUCUGUAUUAUCUGUUUUAAUAAUCAUUCGGAAGAUGAUUGUCCGGACUUUGUCUCCUCGUCAAAAAUGAGCGGCAUUGAAAAGAAACCGGCAUCGACACUGACACGAAAUCUUUCAAAAGUUCUGCUUUCAUUACCCACGCACAUUCAGAUGCGUCGUUGUGACGAUACAAUUACAUUCUCACCAACAAUUCGUAUUUUGAAAACGACAAUCAUCGGUCCGUUUGAAGGUCGUUUUAUUCCAGAAGAUAAAUUAACAACACCGCCACGCAAUGGCUUCCUCGUCAAAAUUUUUCGUGAGAACGGAAAUAAUCUUGUACUUGAUGCACAGGACGAACGAAAAAACAACUGGUGUUGUUUAAUCCCACCAGCCAGAACGUCCCAAGAAAUCAAUUGUUUACUAUUCCAACGAAAAUGCAAGCUCUAUGCUAAAGUUGUUCGAACUAUUCUCGCCACUGAAUCAUUGAGCAUAUGGUAUGCAAGUAAUUAUGCGAAAGCAAUUGGUAUGCCUGAGACACCAGAUGGUAGUCCAUUAGCUCUCUAUGGCAAAACUGGUCGAAUGAUAUUUCGUUAG